UAACACAGCUGGAAAGAAGGAUGGCGGAUGCUGGAUGUAAAGAGUCAGGGCCGAUUGGAGGAGUUGAAUUUACCAACACAGAGUUGGAGAAUAACAAGAGUAACACGAUGGUGGAGGAAGGAUCCACACCGCUGCGGAGAAUGGAGAUCAGUGUGGCCGAGGCAGAGAAAAGAACUGGGAAAAAUACAGUGAACAUGCAAGAGACAUUCACAGUGUACCUCAUAGAAACUCGACCCAUAGAUGCAAUAACAGAAGGCCACAACACAGCCUCAGACUCUCUCUGGAGGAGAUACAGUGAAUUUGAGAUUCUCCGGAACUAUUUGUUAGUCACCUAUCCAUUUAUCGUGGUGCCGCCUUUGCCAGAGAAGAGGGCAGAGUUUGUUUGGCACAAGCUGUCGGCAGACAACAUGGACCCAGACUUUGUAGAGAGGCGCAGGGUUGGUCUGGAUAACUUCCUACAUCGCGUGGCCUCCCAUUCGGUUCUGUCCAAUGACAAAAUCCUAUACCACUUCCUGACUGAGGAACACGGAUGGAAGGAGGUGGUGUAUGAGACAGGGUUCCAAGCCAAGGCAGACUCCAGGAUUAAAGCUCUGAGCGCAACUUUCAGGGUGAAGAACCCUGACAAGCGGUUCACAGAGAUGAAACACUACAGCGAUGAGCUUCAGUCUCUCACCUCCCAGCUGCUCAGAGUCAGAGCAAGAGUAGCAGACAGGCUCUACGGCGUAUACAAAGUCCAUGGGAACUACGGAAGAGUAUUCAGUGAGUGGAGUGCCAUCGAGAAAGAGAUGGGAGACGGUCUACAGAGUGCUGGACACCAUAUGGAUGCCUAUGCUGCCUCAGUAGAUGAUAUCUUGGAGGAAGAGGAGCGUUAUGCUGACCAACUGAAGGAAUACCUUUUCUAUGCUGAAGCCUUAAGGGCCGUGUGUAGGAAACACGAGCUGACCCAGUAUGAGCUGGAGACGGCCUCCUCAGACCUCAUCUCCAAGAAGCAGCAACGGGAGGAGCUGGCCACUGGGAUGGUACGGACGUUCUCCUUCAAAGGAAUGAGCAACAAGCUGUUUGGUCAGGAGACUCCAGAGCAGAGAGAGGCUAAGCUCCACCUACUAGAGGAGCAGAUCGUCCAGGGAGAGGAGACGGUCAAAGAGAAAACGGUGGAGUGCGAGGAGUACGUGAAGGGUGCGUGGGUGGACAUGCAGCGCUUCAAGGAGCAGAAGGACAGGGAUCUGAGGGAGGCUCUGAUUGGCUACGCCGUCAUGCAGAUCAGCAUGUGUAAGAAGGGCAUUCAAGUGUGGACCAAUGCUAAGGAAUGUUUCCACAAGAUGUAAGUGGGUCGGGCCGUGGGUCAGCAAUGACGUCUAUGGUACGAGAGCACAACAACUUCACCUUAAACCUUCAGAUGGAAACAGAACCACUGUUGUCAUGGCAACCCGCCCCCAACCCCCCCGAGGGCGACAGAGGCAGCUGGCAUAAAGUUACAGGGCUGCGUCUCAAUACUCAGUCCAAUACUGGCUUCUCUCCAGGUAAGGAGAGGAGGCAAGGAAACCUUUCAAGGCCUGAUGCAGCCCACGUCUAUAUUUUACAAUGAGAUAUACGGCACAAACAUAUCCUUUUGUAUUUAUUUAUUAAGAGAACGUUUCUGUAGUAUCAGCGGGAUAAAGGUUGUAUGGUGAGAGUGUAGAACAUGGGGAUGUGUGAAACUUCCUCCUCAGCCGAAUUGUUAACGUUUUCGAUGGCGCCGACUGGUAAGACGCUUCGGAAGGGCAAUCACGUGUGCUAGCCCAAUCAGAAGAAAGCAGUACUCGCUAAGCAAGCAGCGUGACGUCAGUUAUCAGCAUGAUGCUGUUACCUUGGUUUACCUCUAUGAACUGAACUGGAAAAGAAACUGAAUCAACUGUCAAAGGACCUUGCCUUUUCUCUCUCUUAAAGCACAUGAUAUCAUAAUGUCUGGUAUGUGAAUAUUGGAGAAGAUGAUAUUCAGAAAUUUCAAGGUACAUUUAUAUAAGAAUAUUAUAUACUUUGACGUGUCCAUCUAUGUAAAUAUAUUAACAACAGUGAACACUAACCUGGUGUUUGUUGGUUGAAGCCAAAUAUUAAUUCACUAUUUUAAUAAUGGUUUCUUAAAGAAAACAUCCUAUUUAUACAUUGUGACUUGCAGUAAUAAUGUGAUUUAAGGUCAGAUUUUAUCAUCAUUCAUGUACAUCAAUAAUAACAUUCUUAUCCAAGUUGAACUGAAAUAACAGUUAUACUGAAUUGUAUAUUCAGCUUUAUGGUUUUAAUAAAAAUAUUGUCUUCUACCAUA